AUGGCACGAACAGACGCUGUCACGACACGGUACAUCGUACAUCCGUGCUUCCUCGACGUCCUCCCGAUGUCUAUUCUGUCCACAAUGCCAACUACUCUGUCCCUGGCCAGAGAGGCCCUCGAGGAACUGUGGGGCGAUUUCACCAGCUUCGUUGUGAACCCUUUCAGUUUCUUCGAUGGAGGUUUCCUUGCUGGCGACGCGUUCAGCAAGCCCUGCGCAGAGACCUCGGCAGCCUUUCGCCAGCUGGAAACGACCGCCAUCAUCCCUUAUCCCCCUCGGCCGCUGUCUCCGAUCCUCGAAGAGGAGGUGGAAGCCGGCCAAGGCGACACCAGCGCCUUGAAGGCGCAGAUCCGAGAACUGCAGGACAAGUGUCACAAGCUCGAGCAGGAGCUAGGCCGCCUUCAGGCCCGCCAGCCUCAAGCUACGCCGCUGCUUGCUCCACGUGAGUCCGGCCUCGACUUUGAGGAGCUCGACUGGCUUCCUCCGUUGGAGCUGCAUCCGGCGAUGGGGCCCCAGAUGCCAACUGGGCCACCGCAGGGGCCUUCUUUCGUGCUCCAGGUGGCGCUGGCUUCUGUGGGCCUGGAAAGGGAGCGCCAGGCUCCAGUCGCUGCAAUCGCUCCCCUGGCUGCUGCGCCGCCUGGCCUGGCGCUGCCGCCGGGGCUGGCGCUGCCGCCGGGGCUGGUGUGA